GAAUGGAUGGCUGGGUGGAAUCACACCCUCCUGACAGAGUUCCUCCUUACUGCAUUCACUGAACAUCCUGAGUGGGGGCUGCCUCUCUUCCUGAUAUUUUUUAGUUUCUAUCUGGUCACUCUGCUGGGGAAUGCGGGAAUGGUCAUCCUGAUCCACAAAGAUCGUCGGCUCCACACCCCGAUGUACUUCUUCCUUGGUCACCUCUCCUUCGUCGACGUGUGCUACUCCUCCUCCAUCGUGCCUCAGUUGCUGGCUGUGCUGCUGGACCACGGCACAGCCAUCUCGCAGGCUCGCUGUGCAGCUCAGUUCUUCCUCUUCACCUUCUUUGCAUCUAUUGACUGCUACCUCCUGGCAAUCAUGGCCUAUGACCGCUAUGUGGCCGUGUGCCAACCCCUGCUUUACGUCACCAUCAUGACGCAGAAGGCCCGCCGGGGCUUAGUAGCUGGGGCUUAUGGUGCUGGUUUUGCCAGUGCCUUUGUGAGAACGGUCACAGCUUUCACACUCACAUUUUGUGGAAACAAUGAGAUUGACUUUAUUUUCUGUGACCUCCCUCCUCUGUUGAAACUCACUUGUGGGGAAAGCUUCACUCAGGAGGUGGUCAUUAUUGUGUUUGCCAUUUUUGUCAUGCCUGCUUGUAUAUUGGUGAUCUCGGUGUCCUAUAUGUUCAUCAUUGUGGCUAUUAUGCAGAUCCCCUCUGCUGGGGGUAGGGCCAAGACCUUCUCCACCUGUGCCUCCCACUUCACCGCCGUGUCGCUGUUCUUCGGCACCCUCAUCUUCAUGUACCUGCGGGAUAACUCUGGCCAGUCCUCUGGAGGGGACCGAGUGGUGUCCGUGGUCUACACAGUGGUGACCCCAAUGCUGAAUCCCCUCAUCUACAGCCUGAGAAAUAAGGAGGUAAAGGCAGCUCUUAGGAAAGCCCUGAGCAGAUCGAAGUCCUAG